GGGUUUUUACGCACACACCCUCUGGCUGCGUGUGUGAGGUGCCACAUCGAAGCGGAAUAUAAGAGCCUGAAAAUGGGAAGCGUGCUGCUGCUGAUCCUGCUGCAGUCGUUGGUCCUCGCGUCCUCUGCUCCGCCGCGAUGUGAUCCAGGAUUUCGAGGACUGUGCAGGGUAGCUGAGGAAGAAAAACCCUCAGCUAAAUGCACAGAUAUGAUGCUCUCCUACUGCGACGACAUGCCCUACACUAAAACCAUGUUCCCAAACAUCGUGGGUCACAAGACCCGCGAGGAUGCCGAGGCCGGGGCGGAGUACCUCCUCAUAAGCGUGGCCGAAUCUCUGCUCGCCUCCGAGUGCAACCCCGAGGUGCGCAUGCUGGGCUGCUCCGUCCUGGCCCCGAGCUGCGAGAAGGGGAAGGUGCUGAGGCCCUGCCGCAGCGCAUGCGAAGCGACGCACAAAAAAUGCAGCCACGCUUUCGACAAGCUGGAGAUGGCAUGGCCCUACUUCCUGGACUGCGACCGCUUCUUUGUCAGUGACGAAGAGGGAUGCUAUGACCCCAUGGAGGGCCUCAGAGAACAGCAGGCACAAGAGACAUUUGAUGACAUGGCAAUUCCUCCUCCGGAGGAUCCGGCCGCCACGAUGAAGUUCACCUAUCACUCCAACGCUCAGUUGAUCAGUAUCUUGAAGAAGACUGAGGAGCGAUGCUCAGACAUAGCCAAAACCUACAGCAUUGGGCGCAGCAUGGAGGGCAGGGAGCUGCUUGUGAUCGAGUUCUCCAACAACCCGGGACGACACGAACUGCUUGAGCCAGAGAUAAAGUAUGUUGGCAACAUGCAUGGAAACGAAGUCCUGGGCCGCCAGCUGCUCAUCUACUUGGCUCAGUACUUGUGCUCAGAGUAUCUGCAGGGCAAUCCCCAAAUCCAGGUCCUUAUCAACACCACCCGCAUCCAUAUUCUGCCCUCCAUGAACCCAGAUGGAUACGAGGUGGCUGCCUCUGGCGUCAAUGACGCUACCUACGCGGAUGAUGAGGAGGAUCACAGAUAUGAUUCCAAGGACAUCGGUCGCAACAACGCCCAGAACAUAGACCUAAAUAGAAACUUCCCUGAUCUGACGUCCAUCGUUUACAGUCGGCGCAGGCAAAAGGGCUACCGCACCGACCACAUCCCAAUCCCAGACUAUUACUGGUUUGGUAAGGUCGCACCAGAGACGUACGCUGUCAUGAAGUGGAUCCGCUCCAUCCCGUUUGUGCUCUCUGCUAACUUCCACGGUGGUGACCUGGUUGUGUCUUACCCUUAUGAUCUGUCCAAACAUCCGCUGGAGCGCAACAUGUUCUCCCCAACUCCAGACGAUAAGGUCUUCAAACUUCUUGCAAAAACAUACGCAAACGCCCACGAAAGAAUGGCCAAUGAGAAUGCACGGUGCGGCUCGUCUCGUGCCGACAGCCAGAAAGGGAUCGUUAAUGGAGCACAGUGGUCCAGCAUUGCAGGCAGUAUGCAGGACUUCAACUAUCUUCACAGCAACUGCUAUGAGGUGACCGUGGAGCUGGGCUGUGAUAAGUUCCCCCCCGAAGAGGAUCUGUUUUUAGGCUGGCAUGAAAACUCUGAAGCUUUGAUCACGUUCAUGGAGGCAGCCCAUCGUGGUAUCAAAGGCAUCGUCAAAGACGAGGAGGGGAACGGAAUAAAAGGCGCCCGGAUAUCAGUCAGAGGAAUACGUCAUGAUAUUACCACAGCUGAAGACGGAGACUACUGGCGCCUCCUGACUCCUGGCACCCACAUCGUCAGUGCCUCCGCCCCGGGCUACACCAGAGCCACAAAGAAAGUCAUACUUCCCAGUCGCAUGAACGCCGCAGGCCGGGUGGACUUUGUAUUGCAGAAAGACCCUCAAGAAUCCAGCACGCAGGAAGAAGAUGGCGCCAUCCCGUCCAUGGGCACCUACGACCGAUUCGACCCUUACAACCAGUACGAGCGCUACACCCUGAUGGCCGACUUGAGCCAGAACCGCGAGGAGAGAGAAGAGAAACCCUGGUGGUGGAACUACUUUGUCUUGCCAGGUUUACCCGCGCCCACCUGGCUGCUCAAACACUAUUAGAGCUUUCACAAGAAAAGCGAACCAUUUGUUUCUCUUUAUACAGCAUACAAACGAUCCAGUAUCGCAUAAUGAAUGUGCACGCCUUGGCUCUUUUACCGACAUGAGCCAUGUUUGGUCCUAAUGCCAAACUUUAAAUAUAACCUAAGCACCUUACGAGCUUUAACAAAAGCAUAACUUCAACUUGAAUAAAAGUCUGUUAAAGCCUUAUAUUUGUCAUUUUAUAGCCGUGUUAGAACAAAAAUACAGAUGUCAGGAAUCCUUUCCCCUGAAAACCUUUUGGAAUUCUUUUGUUUUCAGCCAGAAGAUUAAAUCAAUUGGCCACUAGGGGUCAGACUGAAUCUGACUGAAGUCACCACAAACUGAAGUCUGGCUAUUCUUCCACACAGUAUUCAGUUUAUAACAUUACUGGAAGUAGUUAACUUCUUCCCUUAGCCAAACUGAUGCUCUCAGGAAAAAGUUACUGCCAUAAUACCUCCUUAUGGCGGAUAAAUGACAACAAAGUGUGCAUUUGAUGUGUAACAACCAGAUAUAUGUCAAAAUAUAUCUAAUGAAUAAAAUAAUAUCUAAUUAUCUUUAGCUAUG